UCCCUCCUACACACAAUACAGCAGCAUAUAACUAAGAAUAUAAUAAAUGAUGAAAUCAUAAUAGUACAAAAAGUAAAAAUAAAAAAAUACGUUAUUAAAAAAAAUAAAAACAUAAACAUACAUAUAUAACAUAUAAAGUAAACAAUAAUAGAAAUACAUAGAGAGGUGGGGAUAACGACAUGGCGUCGUCCUCGCUGAGGGAUGUGGAGAAUGUGCUGCGCGGGAUGGCGGAAGCUAUUCUGCGAUCGCAGAGUGACGUCGACGGUGGCGCCGAUCUGGAUCUGGAUGCUUCUAAGGAAUUCGCAGAAGCGGUGAAAUUUGGUCUUGAAUGGGCCACAGAUGCGGACGAAGAAGGCCUUUUUUUUUCUGACAAGGGGGGCAUUAUUUCGCCACCAGAGGCCUCAUGCUCAAGUUCCAGUGCAGUACCCCCCCCUGUUUUGCAAAUGCCCCCCUUUUUGGAAAUGCCCCCUGUUCUUCCGAAGGGUGAUCACAAAGUGGAGUCUUCCUCGCGCAGCCAUGUUGAGGGGGGGGAUCGAUACCCCAUGUGCUCACGAGUGCUUUCGCUGAUCCAUGAGGUUUGUUUGCAGCCCCGAACGCACGAAGGCGAGAGUUUGCUCGAGCGUGUUGCCUGGGAUAUCAUGCAACCCUUGCUUCCGUACUCGUCCCUGUCCACCUCCUGUUGUUCUGCAUUUGCUGCCAUUGUUCGGUCCAUGGCGGAAGAAUGCAGCGCCCGGGAAAUGUUCACACUUUUCAUGGAAGUGUUGCAUAUGUCCGAUGGCUACUCCUUCAGCCCGUGGCCUUUGCGCGCCUGCCUGCUGCAAGGAUUCACUGUGCUCUUUCCCCGGAUAUCGAGAAGGCGCGCAGAGUUUCUGGAAGAGGCUUUGCCGGUGCUUACGAAUCUGGCGAACGAGGCUGCGUGUUCGAGCGGAGGAGAGGAACAACAACAGGAGGAGCGGCGGGCAACGAGGACGGCAGAAGAUGGACAGUCUAGUGAAGAAGAGAAUGAUGAUGUGCUGCAGGAGGAAGCAGGAGGUGUUCGAAAGGUGUCUUCUGUGGUGGAAGGCGAGGUCAACCGGCGAAUGAGGGAGGAGGUUCUCUCUGCCAUGGUUGCUUUCGUUGAAAUGCUUGUGAGAGAUUUUUUCUUCCCUAGUGAAGGAGGAAGUCCAUCUCAGAUGGUCAGGUUGAAGAGGCUUACAGCUUCGCUCACCCUUCAUCUUAUCGGUGUGCUGAGUGUGACCACUGCUUCGGCGGCCUCAAGGACUGCCAGCGAUCUGCCUGAGUGUGCAGCACCGCUGCCAUCGUCGUCGUCGUCGUUGUUGCCGUCUUCUUCUUCUUCUUCCUCUAAAAAAUGUCCUUCCGAUCCCUCUGCCGCCCCCCCGGCCACGCUGGUCCGGCUUUAUCGCAGCCUGUUUGCUUGUGGCUUCUCUUUUAACAAGCUGUUGUCUCGAAAAUGGGUUCGUUGGUUCGUGACCGAUGCGGAUAUUGCGGGUGCGGUAGGGGAUGAAGAUGAGGAUGAACACGACGAAGAGGAAGAAGGGUGUGACGUCGAAGGAAGACGAAGAGGAGACCUGGAAGAGAUGGGGCAAAAAAGCGUGUCCAGCGAGAAUGAUGACCAAGGUGAGGAUGUGCUGAGUGAUGAUGAUGAUGAUGAUGAUGAUGAUGAUGAUGAUAGGACUGAAGUCGAGGUGGGCCAGGGUCUGGGUGCAGCUGUUGCUGUCUAUCAUGCAUUUACGAAUGACGAAUGCGGUGCUAUCUUAGGGGUGAGCAGUGCCCAAUACCGUGGUUCGGGUGGGUCGGGGUCGCCGCCGCCGCCGUGCGUUCCAGUUCUAAAUUUAGAACAGGCUGUUAGAGCACUGCAGUUGGCAAGACUCAUGCUCGUCUGUUCUCCUGGGACCAACAGGAUUCCAGUUCUUGCUCGGGGAAUGCAACUAGUCACAGCGAUUGGGAAUGCUUAUGCUGCAGGGUGCGGGCGCGGGAGAGGAAGGGCAGGCACAAACGCAUGUCCGAUCGAAGAAGGGAGAGGAAGAACUGCGAACUAUUUGAAAACUGUCAUGCCGGUCUUGAGAGCUCUGCAGUUUCCCCUGGUCUUUGCUCCACUUCCAGGGCUUCGGAAGACUGCGUUUGAGGCUGUAAGCGCGCUUCUUGGAGUUCUGCCACCGCGGCAGCGGUUCCGGGCAAUCAAGAUGGUGAUCGAUAGCUCUCCGCACGCGCCAGUUCGUGCGGUGUUUUUCAUAUUCGCGAAGGAGGAGUUCUUGCGCGCCUGGGACCUCGAAACACUGUCCGGUAGUGGAGGGAAAUCAGUUGCAAAUGAUGUCUCGCACUCGCCGGAGAUGAUCCUUUCGGGGAGAAGUCGUCGUGGAGGGGUAUCCACACCAGGAAAGGACAUAAAGUUGUCGCCUUUCCUGAGGCCCGGUCUUCUGCAGCUUGUGCGCGACGUACUGCAGUGCGACGCCGGCAGAGGACUGGAUGUCGAUGACCUGCCCUCGGAGGUGGAUGUGAUGAUCGGUGCGCUAAACCUGUUCCGUUUCAUUCUCUUGAGAGAGAUUUCCGCCGCCGCGGAUCUGACAGGAGUGCGGUCGAUGGGAUUGCUCACGGAAGCGCGACAAAGUUGGUUGUUACCUCUUCGGCGCUUAGUGGGACUGGCAAGAUCAAGGGUGUUGGAGAAAGAAGGGGAGGGGGGUGCAAAUUGGGGAUGCGCGGACGGACUGGGAACGGGUAACGCAUUGGCUCUUGACAUGCUGUUGGGUGUUGUGCACCGUGUUCUCGAAAUCGUGGAGUCCGAGAUCGACAAGAAACGGAGCCAAGGGGAGGACAGAUAGCGAUGGAAGUUUGCCAGAGCCAGAGAGAUAUAGGCGAUAGUGGGCUUGGAAGGGUCGGAGAUAGACAAGAAUCCGAACCGAGGGAAGGACAGAUAGCAAUGGAAGUAUUCUAGAGCCGGAGAGAUAUAGGCGAUAGUGGGCUCGGAAGGGGCACCUAAGCUAAGAAUGAUAGUGAUCGAUUUGGAAGCUAGGGAGGAGGAGAUUGUCUUUUGUGGUUCAUUUCUGCACAGUUAUCACGUGUGCUGACUUGGGGUAAGGGGCAUGAUGUGCGGGGUCCGGCGAUCGACGAUGACAUGCGGUAAGCUGAAAGGGUACCCCCCUGUGAAUAAGAAGGUGUUGGCUGCUGAAAUAAAUCAAAUGGAAGUGCACUCAAACAGAGGGAAUGGUGAACGUUGCUAUGGUCGGGACCACCGGAGAUGGUUGCAUCUGGUCACAUCUGGGUCCAGAUGAGCUCAGAUGGGGCCAGAUGGGCAGCAGGACGUAUUCUUCUAUAGAUAACAUGUGAUGCCAGGGUACCCGAUGUUAGCAGAAUGGUCCAGAAUAUAAGUGUAAAUACUAAAUAUUCCAACACGAAAAAGAAAAGUGAAAAAGUGUAAUUACUAAAUAUUGCAGCUACAGUCAAACUGGGUACUGCAGUGAAUUGGUACCGCAGUAAAACUCGGUAGUAGAG